AUGGAUGGCCCGACGCGGGGCCAUGGACUCCGCAAGAAGCGGCGAUCGCGAUCGCAGCGAGACCGGGAACGGCGCUCCCGGGGCGGGCUCGGAGGGGCCGGGGCGGCCGGUGGCGCCGGAGCCGGCCGGACCCGGGCACCCUCGCUCGCCUCGUCGUCGGGUUCCGACAAGGAAGACAAUGGGAAGCCCCCGUCCUCCGCCCCGUCCCGGCCCCGACCCCCGCGGAGGAAACGCCGGGAGUCCACGUCGGCCGAAGAGGACAUCAUUGAUGGAUUUGCCAUGACCAGCUUUGUCACUUUUGAAGCGCUGGAGAAAGAUGUAGCACUAAAGCCUCAGGAACGAGUGGAGAAGCGGCAGACCCCUUUGAGCAAGAAGAAACGAGAAGCACUUACCAAUGGCUUGUCCUUUCACUCCAAGAAGAGCAGGCUCAGCCACCCACACCACUAUAGCUCAGACCGAGAAAAUGAUAGAAAUCUCUGCCAGCACCUGGGGAAGAGAAAGAAAAUGCCAAAGGGAUUCAGACAGGUCAAACCUGGGCAGAACAGUUGCAGGGACAGUGACAGUGAAAGCGCCAGUGGAGAAUCCAAGGGCUUCCACAGAAGCAGCUCCCGAGAAAGGCUCAGCGAUAGUUCAGCUCCUUCCAGCUUGGGAACAGGCUACUUCUGUGACAGCGACAGUGAUCCAGAAGAGAAGGUAAGAGCCCCUUAUGUGCACAGCCCUUAGCACAGU